GUGCUGUAUAAGAUGUCUGUUCCCUUUUCCAACACAAACCUGCGGAUCCCUAAAGGUUUUGGGAAUUUAUUGGAGGGUCUUGCCAGAGAAGUGUUGAGAGACCAGCCUGGGGACAUCCCUACCUUUGCUGCUCUCUACUUCACAGAGCUUCUUAAAGCCAGAGAAGAAAGUGGCCUUGAUCCAGCAGAGUGGGGUGCAAAGAUGGAAGAUAGGUUCUACAAUAAUCACUCGUUUAAGGGCACAUCAAUACAGGGAAACUCCAUUUUGCCUAAAAUAAAUACAAGAAACAACACUGGCCGUUCUGAAACUUUUGGAAACAACGAAACCCAACAUUCUGCAUUAAAAGACCUCAACACUAAUAAUUCAGAGGACACUGAAGUAAAGCAAAAAUAUGAGUUAGAAAAGAAGCUCGAUGAGGAAUCCAGUGAGAGGGAACACAGACCUCCUGCAGAUAUUCCCUAUAUGGGAACAGCAGAUGUUAAUAUAUGUGCUCAAGAGCUGAAGGACCCCAGCGGGAUUCCAGAACAAACAUCAGAGGUACUGAAAGAUGAAGAGGUCGUAAAAGAAGCUGUAGAUAUUGAUAUCUGCAGAUCCGAACUUGAGCCUACACCUCUGCCUGCCUUUGGUGGUCUAGCAAAUGUCGAUGUAUGUGCUGAAGAGAUAAGCCACCCAUCUGAAUCUACUGAGACCAACAGAGACUUGGGAAGCCCAAAUCCAUCGCCUCCGAAUGGAAAACAGUCGGAAUCACAAGAUGAAUCUUUUGUUGAAACCCCUUCACAUAUUGAGCAAGAUGUAGGCAAACCACCAAAUGAAAUGUCUGAUGGUGAUGAUGAUGAUGAUGAUGAUGAUGGUGGCCAUAUUGAAGAUGCUGAACAGGGAGUCGCAGAAAUGGUUGAUACUUUAUUAGAAGACACUGACUCGGAGAAAAAGAGCACUGAGCAGGUUUAUGUAGAGGAUUCAGCAAAAAGUACAAUUGAAAAAGAUGUUACUGAAAGUGCAGUUGAAGCAGGGCAGGAAUCAGAGGAACAUAUUGAAGAAAAGGAUGACUUGCCAGACAAUGAAGAUCAAGAAGAGACCAAUCAUGAGUACAGCAGCACCAAUGACUUUGUAGAAGAUGUAACUGAUUCCACAUCUGAUAUCAAUAGUAAAUCACUGAUGGAAAUGAAAGACGCAUAUAUUGACUACGGUGAUGAAACAAAUGACAGUAAAAGUGAAGUCAUAGAUGUUCUAGAUGAAGAUGACCAUCAGGUUUCUACUCAUACAGGUGAGCAUGAAGCUGAGAACAGCAAUGAUGAACUGAGUACAUCUAAAUAUAUUGAUGCAAUUGAGGAAGACCUUUUAGAAACCCCAAAGCCAGUUUCCCAACUAAACAACAGUGAAUCGGAAGUAACAGAGGAUAUGAUAAGCAAUGCAAUUUUAAACACUGAUGUAAUGGAAGCUUCUGAGAAAGAUCUAAACACAGAGAAUGUAAAUGAAGGGAGUGAUCUUGACAGUGAUGGCUGUGAUGCUGAAGAGAUGGAUCCAGACAUUUCAAACAUACCUCAGCAAAAUAUGGUGAAAACUGAGGAUGAGGAGGAUGAUGGAACCCAUACUGAACCAAAGAAUGCUGAAGAAGCUGAGCCCAGGCCUUUAGAGAGAGAAACAGAGGUUAUCGGUGAAGAACAUCCUACAGAGUUACAAGAACAGACUGAGAAUGAUGCAGAUCAGGAGGAUCAGUUGGAGGAGCAAAGAGAUAAAAGCCAGGAAUCAACACUUGAAAGUGAGAACCAGGAGAAUCCUGACAGCAGUGAACCAAAGGAGGAAUGCAGCCAGCCACAAGAGGAAGAGGACAUCAUGGACAUCCCAUUGGAUGACCCAGAGGCCAAUAAGGCGGCCGCCAAAAUCCAGGCCGGCUUCCGUGGUCAUAUGACUCGGAAGAAGAUGAAACCUGGGGAAAAGCCCAAUGAGGAGGUGAGCAGCAGUGGUGAGGCCCUCAACGGCAGCCAAGGGGACUCAGCAGGGGGAGCAGACGGAGUAGAGACAGAUGCAACAUCUGGUCCAGAGCAAUGAAGACCAUUCUCAAGGUGGAUGGCUUAUAGGACGCUUUCUCCAGGGAUUUUUUUUUGU